AUGAUAAAACAUAAUAUAUACAAAGAUAGUUGUGAUUUUUAGAAAUCUAAUUUAUAAAGUCAUGUUAGUCUAGAAUUACAAUUAAAUGGCAAAAGUUUUACUGAAAAAGAUUUAAUGCUUUUAAGUUCUGCUUUAGAAAAAUGCACUAAUCUUACUAAUCUGUUUUUAAAUUUAGGUCAAAAUAAUUUAGGAAAUGAAGGAGCUGCACAAAUUGGAACAAUUCUUGAAAAAUGUUUAAAUUUAGAAACUUUAUUCCUUAACUUGGACUUAAAUGAAAUUAGCAAAAAAGGGAUUCAAUCAUUGAGUUUUUCUUUAACUAAGUUUAUUCAUCUUAGAGUGCUAACUCUUAAUUUAGAUAGCAAUUAUAUCAAAUAAGAUGGUGCUAUUAUUUUAGGUUAAAACUUAGGAAAAUGUUAAAAAUUAGAAAUACUAAUCUUAUGGUCUAGCAAAAAUGAAUUACAUUCAGGUGGAGCAUCAGGUUUGCUUUCUGGUUUAUCUGAAUCUAAAACAUUAAAAAAUUUAACUUUUUGGUUUAACUAAAAUAUGAUUAACGAAUAAGGGGCCAAUUAAAUGGGAUCUUAUUUAGCAAAAUUAAAAACUCUAGAAACCUUGAAAUUGGACUUAGAAUAAAACUAAAUAAAAAAUGGUGGCAUUGUAUAAUUUACUACUAAGCUUGCUGAAAACUAAAAUUUAUAAGCCUUGACUUUAUAUUUAAGAGAAAACACUAUUGAUGGGUAUGGUUUAAUAAGUAUUAUAUAUAUCUUGACAUAAAUGCAAAGUUUAUCCUCUUUAACAAUACAUCUUAACCAAAGUUAAAUUGGAAAUGAAGGAGCAUACUAUUUAGUAUCAUUUUUAAAAAAUUUUCUUAACCUAAAAAGUUUGUAUCUUUUUUUAAGAGACUGUUUAAUUGAUGAUAUUUCUAAAUUUACCUCCGUUUUAAGUGAGUUGAAAAACCUCGAAAUUCUUGAACUAGAUUUACAUGAUAACUAAAUUGGUAGUUAAGGAGCUCUUAACCUAGGUGUUGCUUUAUCGAACUCCUAAAAACUUAAAGUAUUAAAUCUAAAUUUACAGUAAUAGCCUAUACUUUUAAUCUUAAAUUAAACAAAUAAUAACAAAAUUAAAACAAAACAAUAAAAUCAGAUAUUUUGA